AUGGAGAUCGUUUCAAGAACUUUGCAACCCUACAAAGAAUUGGUAGCUAAUUUAGCUGGCGCUUUAACGAUUUUACAAUUUUUCGCUGGGAUAGUUGUUUGCAGGGAUAUCCACAAAAAUGGGAGCACCAAAGGAUUUAGUCCAAUGCCGUUUAUUGGCGGUGUAGCAAUUGGUAUUCUUUUCCUGCAAUAUGGCGUGAUAUUAGAAGACCGCAUAAUGAUUCUAGUGAAUCUUGUGGCAAUUUUUUUGAAUCUACUCUAUACAGUAUUUUUUUACGUAAAAUCUGAGGAUAAAAAGAAUGAAGUAUUGAAACCAAUCGCAUAUGCUGUGGCACUGGAUGCAGUUCUUCUCGGAUAUGCUCGAUCUGAUACACCUGAUAAUGUUGAAUUUUCAUUCGGCUUUAUUUUAACUGCAUUAAUGCUGUUUUUGAUGGGAAUGCCUUUGUUGGAUGUGAAAGAAAUAAUUAAAAGGAAAGAUGCUUCCAGUAUUCCAUUUCCAAUGACUUUUAUGGGUACAAUAGUGACAUUCUUCUGGUUAUUGUAUGGAGUAAUUCUGCAGAAUAAUUUCAUGAUUGUGCAAAAUGCAAUUGGUGUUUUCCUCUGCUCUUUCCAGCUUGUUUUGAUUGUUAUCUACCGUCCACGAACUAGGGCAGUUCGUAGUAAAAAACAGCAAUAG